UGUGUUCAGACCAAGCAAGACCUCAAAAAAAAAGAGAAGUAAAUGAAGCAGAGAAGAAAAGAAAAGAAAAAAGAUCAAAGGAAAAACACAGCAAGAUUCAAUUUUUUUGAAACCCAAUACCCUCCAAAGUCCAAAUCCAAUUUACUAAUCUCAAAAAAAAUUCAAAACCCAUCUCUCAAAUCCUUUAAUCUUCAAUACCCAUAUCAUAAAUUUUGUCAAAAUUGAAUCUUUUCUUCUUUUUUCCACCAUUUUCCCUCUGUUUUUUCCUUCUUUUUUGUUCAUCAUCAUGAUAGGUGUCUUGCUAGGACCAUUAAAAAUCUGUUCUUUUCCAUAUUGGUUCUUUUCAGCUCUUGAUUUCAGGUCCCCUGUUUGAGUUAUGGGGAUUCAGAAAGACAGGGUGAAAUUUAAUGUUGGUGGUAGAAUUUUCGAAACUACAGCGACAACAUUAGCCAAUGCUGGUCGGAAUUCACUAUUUGGAGCUAUGUUUGAUGAUGAAUGGAACUUGAAUUCUGAUGCCACAAUCAUUGAACACUUUAUUGAUAGGAACCCUAAUUGUUUCUCAGUCCUUCUUGACUUACUUAGAACAGGGGAGCUUUAUUUACCUCAAAAUCUUCCUGAAAAAUUGUUGUAUAGAGAGGCUUUGUUUUAUGGUCUUUUAGAUCAUGUCAGGUCAGCUAAAUGGGGUCCAUUUGAUGGAAACAGGCUUCAUCUGGCCCGUUCAGUAACUGGCCAGGCUCCUGGUGAUGGCACCGCCAUCCGGGCUGGCCCGGACGGCGGGUGUUGUGUGGCUCAUGGUAGUAUGGUUCAUGUGUAUGAUUGGAUGAUGGAGGAGCAUCCUCCUAUUAAUCUUGAUUAUCAAAGGGUGAAUGAUGCUGGUUGGGUUGAUUCUCAGAAUAUUGUGUUGAGUGCUUGUGAAAGAUUAGGUAAAGGGGAUGGGGGUAUGGGGUUGUUUAGUGCAUCGGGUGGGGAGUUGAGGUAUAAAUUUAAUGUCACACAUGAAAAUCAAGUCAAGAGUUAUACUGCUGGCGCGCUUAGUUUUAGUUCAGAUUAUAAGUUGUUUUCUAGUUGUAAAGGUAGAAGUAAUGAGUAUGGUAUUGGUGUAUGGGAUCAAGUUACUGGUAAACAGAUUGAUUUUUUCUACGAGCCGCCCGGUUGGUCUCUUGGUGAAGCUGAUAAGUUGCAAUGGUUACAUGGUACAAACUGUUUGUUAGUUGCUACUUUGUUUCCAAGGAAGGAUAAUUGUUACAUCAGUUUGUUGGAUUUUAGAGACAAGAGUAUGGUUUGGUCAUGGUCUGACGUUGGUGCGCCUAUAACUGACGAGAGAAGAGUUAGGGACGCGAUAGCAAUGGAGGAAACGAGUUCAAUAUGUGUUGUUAACGAGUAUGAAGAUUUGGGGUUUAUGGAUUUGAGGAGGAGUGCUGGAAGUGUAAGGUGGAGUUCAAGAAGCAGGCUGAUGAAAGGGAAAAUGCCGGAUGAGCCAUGUUAUCCUAAACUGGCAUUGCACGAGGGACAGUUGUUCUCAUCGAUGAACGACUGCAUCUCUGUGUUCUGUGGCCCUGAUUGGGUUCUUACAUCAAGGCUUCGACGAAGCUAUGGUGGUUCCAUUUGUGAUUUCUCUAUUGGUGGUGACCGUCUUUUCGCUCUUCAUAGCGAGGAAAAUGUGUUCGAUAUAUGGGAGACAUCGCCUCCACCAAUAAUAUGAUUUUUAUGUAGUUUUGGGGAGUUUUAAAUGAGUGAUUUUGUUAUCUUUUUCUUCAGAUUGUUGAAGAGUGAUAAAAAAAAAACUAUAGUAGAUGUUUUAAGGAUGGAGAAACUGACUAGAAAUCAGUGUUUGUAAUACUUUCUAGAUUUGUGAAGUUUGUGUAUACAUAUGAAACUGACAUGUUAAAGUUAAA